GGCGAAUCAACCCAAGUCGGUUUGCAACCGUCAUAUCUCUGCAGCCAUCCCUCCUCUUGGACUCGUGCAGCCCAUCUCAGCUUAGAGCUUAGGUGUAAAUUCAAACGCCUGCAAAGCUACACAGUCUAUGGACGCAAGGCAACAAGAGUACCCGCAGUCAGAUCCAGCGUCUGCUGCGCAAUACCCUCCACAAGGACAAGACCCACGAUCUUCAAACCUUACCCCCACCUCAGACUACAGCCUGAAUCCCUCGUCUGCCCGAUCAGGGUCCUUCCCGGAGUACAUUCAACGCUCGUAUCAACCAGGCGCUCAAGGGCAAGCACCGGGAGAUCCAUCAAUCGCCGCCCAAACGAGCCCGACCUACCCUCAACACCAGCAGUACUCGCCUUAUACGCCGCAUCACGACAUGCAACAUUAUCCGGGUCAACCUCAGACCCCAAUGUACGCGUCGCGCCCCGAGUGGGCAGGGCAUUAUCCUCAGCCAGGUAUGCAUUAUGCCCAUGCUGCGACAUCAGGUCCCCCUGCGCCUGCCAUGGUUUCUCCGGUCCAGCGUCCUCCCACAUAUCCGCAGGGCGGACAUCCACUUUCCACCGUGUAUUCAUUUGUCCCAAUUCCGGGCGCACAGCAACAUAAGCGACCACGUCGGCGAUACGAGGAAAUUGAGCGCAUGUACAAGUGCGGUUGGAACGGCUGUGAGAAGGCCUAUGGCACUUUAAAUCAUUUAAACGCUCACGUCACGAUGCAAUCGCAUGGCGCAAAGCGAACUCCAGAAGAGUUUAAAGAGAUUCGCAAAGAGUGGAAGGCGAAGAAGAAGGAGGAAGAGGCCGCGCGCAAGGCUGACGAGGAGCGUCACCGCGCCGACGUCCAGCAGCGUCAACAUGAUGGUGUCGCUCCUGGCGAGCCCCCCGUCUAUGGUCAGAUGCGACAGGCAGUCGGCGUGCCUGGUCAGCCUCCUCAACAUCCCCAACUACCUCCCAUCGGGUACCAACCUGCGGCCUCGAGCAACACAGCUGCUCCUCAGUAUGGCACGCAGAGUCCAGGUCUUCCCGAGGGCAUGGCCCAUUAUCCCCAAUCGCCAUACGGUCAAAACCCGCAGAUGUACUCACAAGGUCAUUAGUCAGGCUUUGUAGAUGACGAUGCGUGGUCUGAGUCUUCGGAAUUGGAUGCCUCGUCGACCCCCUUCUAAAAGACGAAAGGC